AUGGGACGGGUGCUUCAGGAUGCCGUGCUGAUCAUCCCUGGCGUAGGUAAUCUGCUCUUUCGCGGCCCCUUCGCCGAGAUCACGCGUGGAUGGUACGCCAUUGUCGGCGUCACCAUCCUGAUGAACAUGAUGCUGAACGCCUUCGUGCCGUCCAGCGUGACCAUCGCAAAGAUGUUCCUGAACAGUAUCAUGAGGUGCUUCUUCAAGAGAGGUGUCGCUCAUCAGGCAGAGCUUCUGGAGCUUUACACCAACCCAGAGUUCGACAUCAAGCAGAAGUAUGCGCAGCUCCUGACCACGGUGUUCGUGACUUUGAUGUAUGGUGCUGGACUUCCCUUUCUCUACUUCCUGGCUUGCGUCUUCAUGUUCUUCCAGUACUGGGCAGACAAGUACUGCCUUCUCUGGGGUUCUCGGAGGCCGCCUCACUACGAUACAAAGAUGGCGAAGGAGGCCAUUGAAAGCAUGCUUUACGCUGUUCCCUUCCAUUGCGUGCUGGCAAUUUUGAUGUACGGACAGACCUGCGUCUUUCCCUCCAACCCUCUAGGAGGAGAUCUGGGGGACUUAGUGGACCAGGGAUCUGGCUAUACGCCGGGCCUCUUGCAGCAGUUCAUCCCGCAGAUCACACGCGAGUCGACUUGGAUGUUCUUCCUGCUCUUUCUUCUGCUGGUAAUUCUGUGGGUCUUAUGGAACGUUCUCUGGAUCAUUGGUGGCACCGUUGGCACUGCCUGGGAUUUGAUGGUUGCAGUCUGUUGUCCCCGAUGGAAGAGGAAGCAGCCCAGCAAGGACGAGAUCAUGCAAGCCCUGAAGCGAGGGGAACGGACGCAGCUCAGCUGA